GGAGGUUUUGGCAAUUGGGUGGGAGAGGUGGCCUCUGUGAGCAGUAAAUUUUAGAAUGAAAAUGGAGAAGAGAGUUUGAAUAGUUGAAAUGAUACUAAGUGCUGGUAAUGUCAAUGAACAAUGAUUCUUGCAGGUAGGAAUACUGGGAGGAAGAUGGUUUAUAUGUGGUGAGAUACUGUGGCCCAGAAGUCAGCAACAGUGCGUAUACUUGAAGUCAAAUUAUGUUAAAUGUUGAGGACAUCAUGUAAUCAUGUAAGGAAUAGUCUUCAAAGUACUGCUGGGAGAAGUAGCCCUCUCAGAUGAUGACUCUUCUCAAAGUUGCCUCUGAAACAAGUUGUAGAAUAAUUUUGCUCAAGUUGCAGGAAGAUUUUUUUUGUCCCUAACUUUGGUCAUUUUUUUAUUUCCAUCCUCUUUCUUCCAAAGUCUCUUUCUGUCAUUAGCCCCCAUUCUUUCUAUGGCCCCACUUUAGAUCCCUUCUAAAUGCAGAGAAGAGUAAUACUGCCUGAGACAGAAAAGGGAAACCUUACCUCCUGUUAAUUUACUAAGCUGUCCCAGUGCCAGGGCAGCAGAGGGAGAUUAAAGCAGGGAAGCGCCUGCCAUUUCCAAGCACAGAUUGAACAGGAGGGGGUAGGGAGUCUCUGGUUACACUCUCCCUACUCUGUCUUUCCCUCACCAGUAACCUUCUCUCCCAGGGUGCACUGUGGGAUUUUAGCUGAAGCCUUGUGUCUGCUUCACUCCAUGAUUUUGCAGUGGAGAGCAGAAGGGAAGACGUUGCCCUGAACAUCCCUUGCUCCACAAAGGUUGUCUCUGGGGAUAUGACUAGGGAGGCCUCUCCAACAAAAGUAUUGCGAUACCAACAAACUCUGCUUUAUGGACAAUACACAGACCAGAUAACUGACUUUGCUGAGAAGGAAGCAGCAAAACUACUGAAUACAAAGCAGGCCCAAAGGAACAACGAAAGACCCCUGAAACGUGAGAGUCAAGUAGAGAUAAAAGAAGAACGCUAUUCCAAAUGCCAAGACUGUGCUAGACGCAUCCAGAAAUAUGUCACCAGGAAACUUGGAGAAGACUGGAUUUUCUUGGUUCUGUUGGGUUUGGUCAUGGCGUUGGUGAGCUGGGGAAUGGAUUAUGCCAGUGCAAAGAGUCUACAGGCCUACAAGUGGAUGUACAGAGAGCUGCACCCGAAUGUUCCUUUGCAGUAUCUGGUGUGGGUAUCAUACCCACUUGUUCUCAUACUGUUUGCAGCCGUCUUCUGCCACCUCGUCUCUCCACAGGCUGUUGGGUCUGGGAUCCCAGAACUCAAGACAAUUAUGAGGGGAGUGGUCCUCAAGGAAUAUCUCACUCUCCAAGCAUUUGUGGCCAAAGUUGUGGGCCUCACAGCAGGGCUUGGAAGUGGCAUGCCUGUAGGGAAAGAGGGCCCUUUUGUGCAUAUUGCCAGUAUCUGUGCAGCAGUGCUCAGCAAGUUUAUGUCAAUUUUCUGUGGUGUAUACGAGCAUGCCUUUCUCUGGCUGCCCUCUCUGUUCCAGAAAGAGCACAGGCAGCUCGACCUCCUGGUGAUGGCUUGCUCAGUUGGAGUUGGAUGUUGCUUCGGGGCUCUUCUUGGAGGGGUCCUUUUCAGCAUUGAAGUCACUUCCACUUACUUUGCUGUGCGUAAUUAUUGGAGAGGUUUCUUUGCAGCUACCUUUAGUGCCUUCAUUUUCCGAGUCCUUGCUGUUUGGAACAAGGAUGCAGUUACCAUCACAGCACUAUUCAGAACUAACUUUCGCAUGGAUUUCCCCUUUGAUCUGCAAGAGCUGCCAGCAUUUGCUGUAAUAGGGAUAUGUUCAGGAUUCCUUGGAGCAUUUUUUGUUUAUCUCAAUCGUCAAGUGGUGCUGUGCGUCCGGCGUCUUACAGCUCUAAGCCAGUUUCUCACCAAGUACUUCCUCAUAUACCCUGGGUUCAUAACCUUCUUUAUAGCAUCCGUGACCUUCCCUCUGGGGUUUGGGCAGUUCAUGGCAGGAGAGUUGAUGCCACGGGAAGCCAUCAGUUCUCUCUUUGAUAACUACACCUGGGCAAAAUACACAGGAGACCCUCAGAUCCUAGGGAAAUCUGCUGCCUGGAUCCACCCCAAAGUCAGUGUCUUCAUCAUCAUCCUGCUUUUCUUUCUCAUGAAGUUCUGGAUGUCUGUCAUCGCUACCACGAUGCCAAUCCCCUGUGGAGGCUUCAUGCCUGUUUUUGUUCUAGGUGCUGCAUUUGGACGUCUUAUUGGAGAAAUCAUGGCAUCUCUCUUUCCAGAUGGGAUCCUCUUUGAUGGUAUUGUUUACAAAAUCUUACCUGGAGGGUAUGCUGUCAUUGGUGCAGCAGCUCUGACAGGAGCAGUGAGCCACACUGUAUCCACUGCGGUCAUCUGCUUUGAGCUGACAGGUCAAAUUGCCCACAUCCUGCCCAUGAUGGUAGCUGUCAUUCUUGCCAACAUGGUGGCCCAGAGUCUGCAACCCAGCCUCUAUGAUAGCAUCAUCCAGGUGAAGAAGUUGCCCUACCUGCCAGAUCUGGGCUGGAAUCAUAUAAGCAAAUACAAUAUCUUUGUUGAAGAUAUUAUGGUCCAAGAUGUGAAAUUUGUCUCCUCCAACUGUAAAUAUCGAGACUUGCAAACUCUACUCCAAAGCACCACUGUUAAGACUUUGCCUUUGGUGGACUCACCAGAGACCAUGAUCCUUCUGGGGUCUGUAGAGCGAUCCGAUCUGCAGGCACUCCUCCAGAGACACAUCAGCCCAGAACGGCGACGGUGCCUCAACAGACAAAUGCAGCAGAAGCUGGCUGAGGCACCUUAUGAUGGACACAGCAAGGGAUCAGGAGCAAUGCUGCCAAAGCUGAAGCAUGAAUCUUUCGUUUAUGUUGAUGAGGAUGAUGAUACAGAUGAGAAGGCAGAGCAGCCUCAGCCACCAAGCCCCUCUCCUAGUCACCCAGAGGAGCCCAAUGGCCCAACAAAUCCUCUUAAACAAACGCCUGAAAUUUUGGAGCCACAGCAAUUCUCAGACAGUUUCCGGAAUUUGAGGCAACUGUUCCAGCAGCUCUUGUGCCCUUACAACCGUCGACCUGAAACACAGAGUGCUGUCCAGGAGCCAGUGGAAGUCGUUGAGACAAUGACACCAGAAGAGAUAGAUGCUUGGGAACAAGAGGAGCUGGAAAAGGAUGUGUGCUUUGAAUGCUGCCGUAUAGACCCUUCCCCUUUCCAACUGGUGGAGAGAACCUCUCUGCACAAGACGCAUACGUUGUUUUCAUUACUGGGCCUCAGCCAUGCCUAUGUAACCAGUAUGGGAAAGCUGAAGGGAGUGCUGGCUUUGGAAGAGCUUCAAAAGGCAAUAGAGGGCUCCACACGCUCCGGAGUUCGCCUCCGCCCUCCCCUUGCCAGUUUCCGUGACACAAACAGGACUUCAAUCAGCGGUGAAAAGGUCAGCCAGGGUGCUCAGGUGUGGAGCCAGCAGGACAGCAGCGUGGUGGCAGCACAGCAAGCAGCAGACUCGGGGACUAAGAGCACACUGCCUCUGCACUCACACUCUCCACAGCCCUCUCACUUACAUGAUGAAGGGGAAGGCCUGUGCUCCAAUUAUGCCACCGAUACCGAGUUGGAAGAGAUGGAGCUGACAGGACCAGUUAAUGAAAACAUCUCAGACAUCUUGAAGGACAUCAGCCUACACACCACUGAUCUGGAUGAAGAUGAGGAUGAAGAUGUCCCCUUGUAGGUGGUGUGAGGGCAUAGACCAUCGUGUUGAGCCAGUCUUGCGUAUGCUCCUCACAGCUUUUGGAUGCUCUUUGCAAACCCCACAGAGAAUUGAUUCAGUUGGGGGAAGGAACAUAGGACUUGACCUUUUUUUCUGCUGCUUUAUAUACAAAUAUCAGUUGGGUUAUUGAGCUGUGUACAGGAGUCAGAUGUAGUCUGCAAGGUGACUGAGGGCAGGCUCAUAAUGUUAAAGGCCUCUGCUUUCACUUGUGGUGAGCAAGUGUCUACAUAACAUGUCAGAAAGGAUCAUAAGAGGGCAUGAAUAUUACUGGACAUAAUCAGGAUGCCCUCGGUCAAUCCUCCAUAUAGAAAGUGGAGGGGUUGCAAAUCUUCUCCACUGGUGUCAUCCCUAUAGUCACACCUGACAUGCAGGCACCAGUGCAAACCAGACCUCCAGCCAAGAAGCGUAAUGCUGCUUCUGUCUGCAGUCCUGUCUAUGUUGCUCCUUUUGGCUAGCUCUUAACUUGCACCCCCCAAAACAUUCCCAUCUAGAACAUUUUUCCUCUUUCUUAAUUUUUACUCUGGGAUCUUUCUGGGUGGAAUUGCAGUUAGAUGUUUCUCCACUGACCUUUAGCAGAGCCAUACCCUAAAAUCAGGUGAAAGGAAGGAAAAUACUUGGUCUACAUUUCAUGUCUUGAAUUCAGCCAGGGCUCAAAGAAAAGCACUGAAAGUGAGGAAAGCCUCUGUCUUCCCAUCUCUAGAAUUUUUAAACAGAAUGUGAAAACCCUAAACGGGGGCAUCCUCUGUUGGAGGGAGAGGAGUAAAACAUCAUGUACGCGCCUAAACAACUGUCAACUGUGUCUCUCAAAACCACUGCUGGAAUUUUUACAAAGUUAUAGUCUUAAAAUACAAGAACUUAAAAUUAAAAAAAAAAAAAAAAAUUAAAAAAAUGGAGUACCAAGAAAUACAGGAGAGGGAAUCAUUUUCUAUGCUUUGGAAACAGGUUCAUCAAUAAAACUUCUGCUCUUUUUCCUGAUAAUUCUGCUCUAUUUAUUUUCCACAUAUUUGUGCAUGUCAUAGAUCAGAGAAUUCUAGCUCCCACUUUCCCCUGUGUCUCCAGUGACUAGAAGUAGAGACUACAGCCCUUGUCUACAGCAUCCCUCUAUUCCAGAUGUAGAUCUGAAGGAGAUCUUGAUCUGUAUCUUGCAAAGAGAUGUCUCAACUUAAUGUCAUGGAUGCAAAACCAUAGUAUCCAAGGGUAAGAUGUUGCUUUAACUCACUGUCCUUGUGGGGUUUUCUCAGUAAACAUGCAGAAUUCGAUUUGGCCUAUUCUGCAGCUUUUCUCUAACAUUCUAUUUCUCUUUCCAUCAUACUUUCAGUGUGUCAAAACACUUAGAUGUGAUCCCAAGUAGGCUACUGGAUGUGUUUUCACUUAUCAGCAACACAGAAAAAAUUCAGGCUCUGAGAACAUAUUCUUGGGAAUAUUCUCCUGGAUUUUGAGCCACAUCCCUUUCCUUGAUAUUUAUAAAGCAUUAUCUGACUUAGAAUGACCAGUUUCACCUCAAUGGAUGGUCUUCCAUAAGCUGUCUCAAAAGUAAGUAGAAAAGACAGUUACCUCGAACCUAGUCUCCCUAGGAAAAUUCCCUUCUGGCCUUAAUUCCAAGGACUGACCUUGUACUAAUUCACUCUUCUGAUACUCGUGGAUGGAGAAGUCUGGUAGAGUGGAAUCUCUUAGAGUCUCUUGGAGAGAGAGAGAUUUGCUUUUGUUCUCUGAACUCAAGAGCUCAAUAGCCUACUCUGUAUUCUUUUACAUGAUCCCUCUGUUUGUGCUACCUAGGGACAGCCUUUCUUUGUCUGAAGUGAUCUUCAAAGAUCACUCCUUUGAGGGCCAUCCUGUCCUUGAGAGAAGCAAGUUGCAAUGUGAAGGCAAGUCUUUAACUCACGCCUACCUCCACCUGAGGUUUGGGGCAUAUUUCUGACAGCCAAGCAUUAGAAAACAGCCUGUAGUUGCUACUUUUGUGCCACCUUCCCCUGUUUGCAAAGAAGAGAUAAUACAACCGCUAUUUUUCCCAGGUAACUGUGAUACACCUUGGUAUAAGCAGAGAGAAAUAACAUUCCUUUUAAAUAUCCAUAAAUGCACAGUGAGUAGUAAUAUUCUGAGACCGAUUAUGACUUGAAGGUCCAUGUAUCCUCAGGAAGGACAAGUUGCUCCGAUUCAGCCCUUUCCAGCAAGUACAGAUUUGGUUCUACCACAUUUCGCUUAGUGAAACUACUGCACUGAGAUAAGAUGGAGAAAUUUAGAGGCUGGAGUCAGUGCAUCUCUGCUGCUUCUAGUCCGAAUACAGAUACAUGUUCUGCUCCCCCACUUCUCCUGUAGUGUAUUAGAAGAACAUGGAUUUGACUGGAUGGGAGAGCAGAUGGAAUCUAAAUCAAAGUCAGAGAGUGCAUGAGUCAUGACAGACAGGUUGUGAGCUGGGGGAGAUGAAGCUGGAACAAAAAACGAUGCACAUGGAAGGGCUUGGGAAGCUCACAGUAAGAAACAAGCUAACCUGAAAAGUUUCAAGAGAUUUGUUACAUGAGGGUACAAGGGCAUAUACAGGCAUGCCUGCACAAACACACACAUGUAUCUCUCUUCCUGUUACUCUUAGCUGUCUCACAGUAACUUUGAUGAACUGGACUGUUCUCUGUGGGGAAGCAGUAAGCAGUAAGAUGCAUGUUUUUACUGCUGCUUUUGGAGACAUCGCUCAAGAUCCAUUCCAGGUAUGUCCUCACCCUUCGA